GUGAAAUCGCUUUAUCCUCGUCCUGGCUGGGUUGAAUUAGAUCCAGAAUUGCUGUGGAGUCAGUUUGUUGGUGUAAUAAAAGAGGCUGUACAAGCUGCAGGACUUCACAUGAGGCAAGUUGCUGGUCUUGGCAUCUCAACACAGAGAGCAACUUUCAUUACGUGGCACAAGAGGACAGGGAAACCUUUUCAUAAUUUCAUAAGUUGGCAAGACUUAAGAAGUGCUGAGCUUGUGAAUUCCUGGAAUAAGUCCCUUCUGCUAAAGGUAAUCCAUGUUAUUUUUACGGUGCUUCAUUUCUUGACUGGGAAUGAUCGAUAUUUGGCACCAAGUUUUCUUACUUUUUCAACACAGCAAACUUCUAUGAAGUUGUCAUGGGUUUUUAAAAACAUCCAUGAGGCUGAAGAAGCUGCCAAAAAAAAAAACUGCUGCUUUGGAACAGUCGACACGUGGUUAGUGUAUAGAUUGACUAAAGGUUCUGUGUAUGCUACAGAUUACUCAAAUGCCAGUGCUACAGGUGUUUUUGAACCCUUUACGAAAUGUUGGAACCCCACUUUGUGUAAUUUGCUUUCCAUUCCGAUGUCUAUUUAUCCACCAGUGAAAGACACAAGCUUCAGCUUCGGAUCAUCUGAUUCUGAAAUAUUUGGGGUAUCUAUUCCAAUAAUGGCAGUGGUAGCUGAUCAGCAGUCAGCUAUGUUUGGAGAAUGCUGCUUUCAGCCAGGAGAUGUUAAACUGACAAUGGGAACAGGUGGUUUCUGGAAUGUGAAUACUGGAGAGCAUCUCUUUGCAUCACAGAGAGAACUGUAUCCACUGAUUGGUUGGAAGAUUGGGGAAGAAGUUGUUUACCUAACUGAAGGCUGUAUGUCAGACGUUGGCACUGCCAUAAAAUGGGCUCAGGAUAUAAAUCUUUUCACCAAUGUAGAUGAAACAGCAAAGAUGGCACGGAGUAUUGUUGAUUCUCAAGGUGUUUGUUUUGUUCCAGGUUUUCAGGUUUCUGUGAAUGAUCCAUAUUUAUGUGCCUCUUUCAUGGGGCUGAAACCUUCCACUACCAGAAACCAUCUUGUACGAGCUAUAUUGGAAUCUGUAGCUUUCAGAAACAAACAGCUUUAUGAUAUCAUUGCGAAGAAGGUACGCAUUCCUCUUCAGACUAUUCGAGCUGAUGGAGGUGUCAGUAAUAAUAGUUUUGUCAUGCAGAUGACUUCAGAUUUAAUUAAUAAGAGAAUAGAAAAACCUGCAAAUGCAGACAUGUCUAGCCUUGGUGCAGCUUUUCUAGCAGGCCUUGCUUCAGGAUUUUGGACUGACAAAGAGCAACUGAAGAAGCUAAGGCGAAUAGAAACAGUUUUUGAGCCCCAGAAGGACUUGGAGGAGUACCAACCUGCUAUGGAUACCUGGCUACAAGCAAUGAAACGCUCCCUACACUGGUAG